UUUUUUGUUUUUAUUUUGAUUUCAAUUGAUAUUCGAAUACGGAAGUGGUUGGUUACCUCUGUUGUUGUCACUUUAUUUGCGAAACAUAUUCAAUUGCCUCUUUAGAACUAUGUAAUAACGAUACAAAUUAUGGUGAAGAGUUUGGUUUCCCCGUAUUAGAUUUCUCUAACUCUAAGCAUGGCUUCGAGGGGAGAUAAAGGGAAUGGAAAUGGCGAAGAGCAGAUCGUCGAGACGCUGGCGGAGGUAUUCCGGUGCUUCAUUUGUAUGGAGAAGCUGGUUGACGCGCACCUAUGCCCUCAUUGCUCCAAGCUUUGUUGCUAUGCUUGUGUUCGGCGCUGGCUGACCGAGCAGCGGUCUCAGUGCCCGCACUGCCGUGCUGCACUUCAUCUGCACGAAUUAGUGAACUGCCGUUGGGUAGAGGAGGUUACCCAACAAAUAGAAACCAUGCAACAAAGUAACUCAGCUAGUCAACGAGAAAGCUUCAGGGACAGAUGCCCUACACACCAGGAGAAGCUGACGGUGUACUGCUGGACGUGCCGGCGCUGCAUCUGUCACCAGUGCGCACUGUGGGGCGGCACGCACUCGGGCCACACCUUCAAGCCACUUGAGGAGGUGUACGAGCAGCAUGUGACGCAGAUUCGCGAUGAGGUUUCGCAGCUUCGGCGGCGGUUGAUGGAGCUUAUCAGUCUCGUACAGGAUGUUGAACGUAACGUGGAGUCGGUGCGCGCGGCGAAAGACGAACGCGUUCGUGAGAUUCGCAACGCAGUAGAGCUGAUGAUAUCUCGGCUGGACUCUGCGCUGAAGGCCAAGCUGCUAACGCUGAUGGGCCAGAAGAAUAGCCUCACGCAGGAGACGGAGCAGCUCGAGCAUCUGCUGCAGGAAAUCGAGCACCAGCUACAUUCCAGUACAAGGUCUGAAUUGAUAGCAAAAAGCAGUGAACUAUCGAAGAUGAUACAUCAGGUCCGCAAGAAGCCUAUGGCCAGUUUCGUGACUGCUCCAGUGCCCGCUGAUUUCCACAGUGAAAUAGUGCCGAGCUACGACAGCAGCACGUUCCCGCUGUCGAACUUCACGCAGCUGCAGCACGCGGCGGCGCCGGUGUACUCCGCGCCGCUGCACGUGAACGGCCUCUGCUGGCGCCUCAAGGUCUACCCCGACGGCAACGGCGUCGUGCGCGGCAACUACCUCUCCGUCUUCCUCGAGCUCAGCGCCGGCCUGCCAGAGACCUCCAAGUACGAGUACCGUGUGGAGAUGCUGCACCAGGUGUCGCGAGAUCCCAGCAAGAACAUCGUGCGCGAGUUCGCUUCGGACUUCGAGGUGGGCGAGUGCUGGGGGUACAACCGCUUCUUCCGCCUCGACCUGCUCGCCAGCGAGGGAUACCUCAACCCCGAAGCUGAUACUCUCAUACUCAGGUUUCAAGUGCGACCGCCCACUUUCUAUCAGCGUUGCCGGGACCAACAGUGGUAUAUCAAUCAGCUGAUAACGAUGCAGAAUCAACACAUUUUGCAGAUAAAUGAUCUCAAAGAACGUUUAAGUUUGGAAAUGUCACGUAACUCAAUAGCAGCGACGCGAGCUCCGAACAGCUCGAUACCUUCGCAAGGCAACAAUGACGACAAUCCCGCGCAGAACAACUCUGUGGACGCCAGCGCCCUUAACGACUCUUUGUUGUACGGCAACCAGUGGAAAUUCAACACCACACAAAGCAUCAUCAACGGUCAAAGACUUACCAGUCCAGCGGGUAUUCUAAAUACAUCUCUAUUCCUGGACGACACGACGCGCAACAAUGACGUGUCGUCGCAGUCGGGCUACGGGUUCGGCGACUACGCGCCGCUCGAGCGUCGCCUGCACGCGCACACGCACGCGCACGCUCAGCACGCCCUCGACGCGUACAACCUGCCUUCUACUUCAAGGUCUGCCAGUUCUCUGGCGGCGGGCAGCGGCACGGCGGUGGGCGGCGCGGGCGGCGGCGGCGCGGACAGCAUGGCGCUGGUCAGCCUGCACACGCUGCUGAGCGCCGCGCGCCCGCCCGCGCGUCUACCGCGACACGACAAGCUGCGUGCGCCCGCGCAGCCCGGCACGCCCGCCGCACCCGCCAAGGACACCCCCCUCACUGCUGUUGCCAGCAGCCCUGUGACAGAGGUGACAGUGGCGACUAGCAGCCCGGCACUGUGCGCGUCCAUGUCCUCGCCCGAGCUGAACAGCACGGGGGCGAAGUCCGAGGUCGCGCUGGAGCCGCCACCAGACGCCGCGGAGAGCCCCAACGCCACGCAGAGUCCGCACGUCGCCUCCGAGACUAGUAGUGACACCGGGGAGCUGAUGUUCACGGAGCUCGAGAGCUUGACAGAAGAUAUCAAUCCCACCAAUGUUGACGAGAACUCUAACGAGGAAAACGAUGUCGACGAGGAAACGAUGUCUGGCGAGAACGACGUGGAGGGUGCGUGCGGCGUGUCCGCAGAGGCGGGCGCGGACGCGCUCAGCCGGCUGCUGUGCGCGGUACACGGGCGCGCCGUGACGCCGGCCGGCAGCGAUGGCAGCAACCCGCCGCCCGCGCCCGCCGCUCCCUCGCCCGCAGACCCGCAGCUCUCCACCGCCGCCCACACAGACAUGCUGCUGCUCAACCUCAUGCGCAUCAACGGACUCACGCCUAAAUACUCCAAGCACGGACCAAAACGCAGUUGGGCAACGAGUGUGCAGUCGCCCGAGCCGGGCCACAGCGGCGGGUCUCGGUCGCAGCGGCGGGCUGGGAGUGCCUCGGGCGCGGGCACGAGCGGGACGGGCACGGGGGCGAGGCCGCGUGCUCGGCAGACGCGGGCGCCGCCCCUCUCGCCCGGCCAGCUGCGCCGCACGCACGCGCCGCUACCCAACGGUCUGCCAUUAUACCUGCAGUAUUUGACUAUUAGCGAGCCACAAUUAAAGUUUUUAUUUAAGCAAAAUAAAUCUCAUAAGAAUAGUUUGGAAAGGCGAGCAUGCGGCGGUGCGGCCGGUGCGGGCGGUGCGGGGGGCGCGGGCGCGGCGGGCUCGCCCGAGGCGCUGCACGACUACUGGCGCUCCGUCUCCUCCAUCAGCGACGCGGACGACGUCGACGCCAUACUCGAGUAUAAUGAUACGCUAUUCGACAUCCUGCUGAACAGUCUGUCGCUGGAGAGCGGCGGUGCGGAGUGCGAGGAGCCGCCGCCCGUGCAGCCCUGGAGCCCCGCCGCGCCCCGCGACCCUCCCGCCCCGCACGCCCCACACGCACCCCCCGCCGCGGACUGACCGACACCGCGCCGCGCGCGCGUCCGCACCCACCACGACUCGCACGCGACGCGCGCCGCACUCUACUCCCUCGACAGCCCCUACACUGUCGACGACAAUCAUGCCGAUUUUAAUGAUGACUCCGAGGACCCGACUCCAUGGUAUGGCACAUCGAACAGGCGGCCAUCGCAGAUCACUCAGAUCACCCGCGUCACGCACUCCCCCCGCCCCGCCGCCCCGCGGGGAGCCACCGCUCAUCAGUACGCGAGCGACCGCGAGGCACGACGCACGUGCGACUCGCAGCACGGAUGCGAUUGCGACGAAACGCAAGAAGCGGGUGACGCGCGAUACGAGAUGUACGACGAGGAACGGAACGUGAGAGUGAGGAGAGGCGAGCGGGGGCGGCGCGCGCACAGCGUGUACUUCGUGCACAACGAGCAGGUGCGCGAGUGCGAGGAGCGCCCGCACCAGCAGUACUGCGGCCACAGCUCGCACGACCACUUGCACUCGCACGACGACCGCCUCGACAAUACUCACUACAACGGCAACAGUCCACAAAGCUACCGCCGCGAGUACUACCAUUGAUUUCUUGUCUCUAUUUUGUGAUUUAUCUCAGUCUUAAUUUUAGUUAAUGUGCUCACAGAAUAAUUAUUAUUUUAGUUUUUUAAUACUUUUCUUUGAUUGUGGCUUGAAUUACCAGUAAGCCACAAGAUGUGAUUGGAAUUAUUUUUCAUUUGGAUGUUUUGAUUUAUCGAAGGCAGAGAAGAUAUUGAUAACUAUAGUCAUUAAGAGAUGUGACUUAUUGUCUUGCUUAUGUUAGAGGAAAUGCUUAUUUUAAAACUUGUUGAUACAAAUGUCAUAAUAAUUAUACUCACUAAUGAUAUUCAGAGAGGAGGAGCAUUGUCUCUGCUUGGUUUCGAGCUGUUUAUGUUGUCUUUGAUUUUUUACUAUAUACAAUAAUGUAGUGUUUGUUUUCUGUAUUUAUAUUUAUAUUUUCCCAGUGCUGUUGACGAUAAUAUCGAUCUCUGAUAAUUUUAAGUUAAAAUUGAGGUGUAGUUCUUUGUUCGCUUCCGUUCCUCUGCAUGCAUCAGUAGAGGGUACGUUGAAUAGCUUUUCCCUUACCCUGGCUUGUGUAUACUUGAUUCAUUCCUCUGUACAUCAUGUAUACAGAUGAAAUAUGAAGAGCCAGAUAUAUAUGUUUACAGAGCGAUUAACUUAUUUGACCCGGGGGGCAUAAGCUCAUUAGCUCCUUGUUGUCAAUGUAAUAAGUGCGACAAAAUCCUUGAGAUUGAUGUAGAUGUGUUAUCAUUUUCUAUGCUUCAGUAGAUUUUACAGCGCGUCUCACCGGGUCAUGUAAAUGUGUCGCACUAUAUUGCAUUUUACGCGUAGUGUACUUGUUAUAAGUAAUUGUGGAUUAUAGGUUAAAAAUAAUAAUGAAGAUUCCGUCUUAGAAGUGUUUGGAGAGUAUUUUAAAUGUUCGUAAAAGGUGUAUUUGGAUAUUGCCAUAGCUGUUUUCUGUAAUAACUUAAAUUGAUGUUUUAUUUUGUAAUUUUUAGUAACAAAACUUGUGAAAAUGGUGUACCUUCUUUUUGGUCUCAUACGUAUUAUUUUUGUAAUAUUCGUAAAUUAUUUUUAUUUGAUUAUAGUUUCAAGUUAAUAUACAAUUUAAUUAGUAAAUAACAGGCGGCUUAUAUGAUCGUAAGUGUUAUCGUAAAUAUGUAGGCUUUCUUGACGUUCAUAGAUAUAAUAACUUAGGUAUUGAAAUUGUUAGUAAUGUAGUUUGUUCCGACUGAAAAGUUCAAAUGUGUGCUAGUUUAAACUGACAAGGCUAGAUAGUUUAAGUCGCAUAAUGAAUUUGUUUGAUUUAGCUUUUAAUCAAGCAAGUACAGUUAGCUUCGCUGGCGGUGUUCCAACUACGAUCUUGAAACGGAUAGCGAUCGGAAAAUACUGAAUUUGUGGAAUUCAACUGCCGUUACACUUUCCUUAACACAUAUUUUUAUCUAUCUUUCGAUCGAAAGAUAUAAAUAAAUAUCAAAACAAAUGUCACGGCAGUCGAAACACACAAAAACUUUAGCUUAUUCCACAGUAUACAAAAGUUAGGAAAACAGUUUACGUAACAGUUAUUAUUUAUUUAAUAAAAACAUCGAUAACAUCUAAAGUUUUUAAUUCAAAGAAAAAAGGGUAAAGUUCGUUGCGAAGUGCAAGGAUUAUUUUUACUGUAACUGGAAUACCGCCAACGAAGGUGAUUGUACAAAUCUUAGUAUUGUCACUUAUCGAAUUUAUUAUUAAUUUCAUGAUCCAAUUGUUUGUGGUGAAUAACAGUUGUGUUAAAUGUGUUGAUCGCUUGUUUAUGAGCUAUGUGUGAAUUAAUUAAAAAUAGUAUUUAUUGA